AUUUCAAAUAUUUAUAAUAUAUCUUUAAUAGACAAACUCUAAAAAAAAUUGACUAUAAUUGUCAAUAAAUUAUAUACAUGUUUAAGUAUCACGAGUAUAAUGGCGACACCCACUAAUGGUAACGGUAAUCUUAUCGAUGAAUUUGAGGAAGCAUUUCAGCAAUGUUUGAGUAUAUUAAUAACGAAAGACGAAGGGUUAGGAAACAAUGGAAUUGGAGUGUCUGGUGGUUUGACUGUGGAUAAAGAAGAAGCACGUAGUGAAGUUGAACAAGUUACAUUGAGAUUUAUAGAUCUGGCAAGACAAAUGGAAGCUUUCUUUUUGCAAAAAAGAUUUUUAUUAUCUGCAUUAAAACCAGAAUUAGUAGUAAAAGAAGAUAUCAAUGAUCUUCGAGUAGAAUUAGCACGUAAAGAGGAUCUCAUAAAAAGACAUUAUGAUAAAAUUACAGUGUGGCAGAAUUUAUUAGCAGAUUUACAAGGUUGGGCAAAGUCUCCAGCUCAAGGUCCAGCACCUAAUGGUUUACCAAAUGGUACUCAAAGUGGACAAAACCAACAAAGUGCCAAUGGAGGUGGAAAUACAACAAUGCAACAACAACAACAAAUAUUACAACAUCAACAACUUCAACAACAACAACAACAACAAUUGCAACAUCUUCAGCAACAUCAAAUGCAACAACAACUUCAUCAGCAACAGGUGCAACAAGGAUCUGGAGCACCUCCUACAUCAGGUCUUCAAGGAGUUGGAGUUGCAGUAGGACAACAAGGAAUGUUUAUGACACAAGGAGCAGUAGGAGUGACAGGUACACGAGCAGGAUUCCCUGUUGCAGGUGUAGGAAGUAGUACACUUCAGGGUCCGCUCGCUUUCCUAGAAAAGACAACGAGCAAUAUAGGAAUGCCCGAAAGGCGGAGUUGACGCGGAAGGGGGAGGGGCCGGGGUCGGGGUCGAGGAAAAGGCCGAGGAAGAGGACGAGGCGGAGGAGGAAGUUUACCUCCGCCACCACCACUUCUCGAUACUUCGGACCCGUCGUCGUAUGCUGCUGCUGCCGCAGUUGCAGCUGCUGCGGCAGCGCCCCUUCCCUCUCCACAGCAGCAGCCUCCACCAUCUUGUACAUGAAUAUUAUACAAAUUAAUUUAUUAUUGUAAAAUAUUGUUCCUACAUCUAAAAUUAUUGUGAUCGCAGAAUAUUAUUCUUAUGAAUAUAUAAGUUUUACUUUCUUUAGUAAAAAAAUGAA